UCCAGCCGCAGGCAGGAGACUGAGCAGGUCCCCGUGUCUCCAAGUCCCUGAGCCCGUGACAUCGGCCCCAGGCCCGGCAGGGAGCAGGCAGCCACCAUGGCGAAGGAGGAAGACGAGGAGAAGAAAGCCAAGAAAGGGAAAAGGGGGAAGAAGGCGCCAGAGCCGGAGAAGCCCAAACGGAGCCUGAAGGGGACGUCGCGGCUGUUCAUGGGCUUCCGCGACCGCACAUCCAAGAUCUCCAAGAAGGGCCAGUUCCGCAGCGCCUCGGCCUUUUUCUGGGGCCUCCACACCGGCCCCCAGAAGACCAAGCGCAAGAAGAAGGCCCGCACCGUGCUCAAGUCCACGUCGAAGCUCAUGACGCAGAUGCGCAUGGGCAAGAAGAAGCGGGCAAUGAAGGGCAAGAAGCCGUCCUUCAUGGUGAUCCGCUUCCCCGGCCGCCGUGGCUACGGCCGCCUGCGGCCUCGCGCCCGGUCCCUCAGCAAGGCGUCCACCGCCAUCAACUGGCUCACCAAGAAGUUCCUCCUCAAGAAGGCCGAGGAGUCGGGCAGCGAGCCAGCCACGGUGGACGCCUGGCUGCAGCGCUCGGGCUCCCGCGUGGGCUCCCGCAAGCUGCCCUUCCCGUCGGGUGCCGAGAUCCUGCGGCCCGGGGGCCGGCUCCGGAGGUUCCCCCGCAGCCGCAGCAUCUACGCGUCGGGCGAGCCCCUGGGCUUCCUGCCCUUCGAGGACGAGGCCCCGUUCCAUCACUCCGACUCCCGCAAGUCGCUGUAUGGGCUCGAGGGCUUCCAGGACCUGGGCGAGUACUAUGACUACCACCGCGACGGCGACGACGACUACGACCGGCAGUCGCUCCACCGCUACCAGGAGCAGGAGCCCUACGUGGCGGGCCUCGGCCCCUACAGCCCGGCCUGGCCGCCCUACGGUGACCGCUACAGUGGGUACCCGCCCGAGGACCCCUACGACUACUACCCCCCGGACUAUUACGGUGGCCCCUUUGAUCCGGGGUACACCUAUGGCUACGGCUACGACGACUACGAACCCCCGUACGCGCCUCCGUCGGGGUACUGGUCUCCUUACAGCCACCACGAUGCGUACGACGGCGAGGCGCACCCACACGGCUGCUACCUGGACCCCUACGCGCCCUACGACGCGCCAUACCCGCCCUAUGACCUGCCGUACCACCUUGGCUACGACGUGCCCUACCUGGAUCCCUACGGGGUCCCCUACACCGUCCCCUAUGCCGAAGCUGUCUAUGGCGGUGGGGACGAGGCCAUCUACCCCCCCGAGGUGCCCUAUUUUUACCCGGAGGAGUCGGCCUCGGCCCUCGUGUACCCCUGGGUACCGCCGCCCGUCCCGUCGCCCCACAAUCCGUACGCCCCCCCCAUGGAUGACAUCGCCGAGCUGGAGGAGCCCGAGGACGCGGGCGGGGAGCGUCCGGGCACCUCCUUCCGCCUGCCCAGCGCCGCCUUCUUCGAGCAGCAGGGCAUGGACAAGCCCGCCAGGUCCAAGCUGUCCCUCGUCCGCAAGUUCCGCCUCUUCCCGCGGCCCCAGGUGAAGCUGUUCGGGAAGGAGAAGCUGGAGGUGCCCCUGCCACCCUCUCUGGACAUUCCGCUGCCCUUGGGAGAUGCGGACGACGAGGAGGAUGAGGAAGAGCUGCCCCCGGUGCCCGCCGUGCCCUAUGGCCACCCUUUCUGGGGCUUCCUCACGCCGCGCCAGCGCAACCUCCAGCGGGCGCUGUCGGCCUUCGGUGCCCACCGAGGCCUGGGCUUCGGCCCGGAGUUCGGCCGCCCCGCGCCUCGGCCGGCCACCUCGCUGGCGCGGUUCCUCAAGAAGACGCUGUCGGAGAAGAAGCCCAUCCCGCGGCUCAGGGGCAGCCAGAAGGCCCGGGCGGGCGGCCCCGCGGUCAGGGAGGCGGCCUACAAACGCUUCGGCUACAAGCUGGCCGGCAUGGACCCGGAGCGGCCCGGCACGCCUGUCGUGCUGAGAAGAGCCCAGCCGCGCGCGGGCAGCAGCAACGACGCGCGCCGCCCGCCCGCGCCCGCGCCCGCGCCCGCGCCCUCGUCAAGGCCCCUCUCCCACUGGAGCGCGCUCCUCGCCCCGCGCGCGCCCCCGCGGCCCCGCAGUCCCGGGCCCCCGCCCGCGCCGCCCCUCUCCGCGGCGCUCUCGGGCCUGCCCCGGCCGGCCUCGCCCUACGCCUCCCUCCGCCGCCACCCGCCGCCCUGGGCCGCCCCAGCGCUUGUGCCCCCGGCGCCGCAGGCCAGCUGGUGGGCGUUCCUGGAGCCCCCUGCCGUGAGCCCGGAGGUGCCCCCGGACCUACUGGCCUUCGCCGGGCCCCGACCCUCGUUCCGGAGCUCCCACCGGCGAGGGGCGGCCUUCGGCUUCCCGUCCACACGGGCGUCGCGGAGGCAGGCCUGGUCCCCGCUGGCCUCGCCCCGGCCCUCGCUGAGGAGCCUGCCGGGCCCCGGCUACCGCUCGCCCCUGGCGCCUCCGUCGCCUCAGCUGUCCGUGCGCGCGGGUCCCUACCAGCCGCCCUUCCCGUCCCGGGCCCGCCGGCCCCACUCGCUGCGGGAGCCCCCAGCCCCACGCCGAGCCUCCGGGCGCCCGGGCCCACCCGGCUCGCCCAGGCCGCCCUCACCGCCCCUGGUGCGCGGCCACAGCCAGCGGCGCCGCUCCCUCAACCUGCCCUCGCGCCUCCCGCACACAUGGCGGCGCCUGAGCGAGCCGCCCACUCGAGCUGUGAAGCCGCGAGUGCGCCCGGCCUUCCACCAGCCGCCCGGGGCCUGGGCCUGGCGGGCGCCCCUGGAGCAUCGGGAGAGCCCGGGAGAACCUGAGGACUCAGAGACGCCCUGGACCGUGCCCCCGCUGGCCCCCAGCUGGGACGUGGACAUGCCUACCACCCAACGCCCACCAUCCCCCUGGCCAGGAGGUGCAGGCAGCCGCCGAGGCUUUUCCAGACCACCCCCUGUGCUGGAAAACCCCUUUCUCCAGCACGUGGGACCUGUGCCAUCCCCCACUCUCCAGCCCAAGGACUCAGCUGCUGAUAUGACCAGGGUCUUCCUGGGCAGACAUUAUGACCCAGGGCCUGGACAGCUCACCAGAUCGGCUGGCCCAAGCCCUGAGAAGCCUGAAGAAGAGACCACCCUGGGGGACCCCCAGCUGCCAGCAGAGACCAAGCCUCCAAGCCCAACACCUCCCAAGGAUGUCAGACCUCCCAAGGAAGUCCUCCCAAAGCAAAAGACACUAAGGCCCAGCCUCUCAUACCCACUGACUGAAUGUGACCAGACCAGGGCCACAUGGCCAUAAUGGCACCGCUGGGGGACACUGCCCCAAGCCCCAGGCCCCUUGGUGCCCACCAGGGCCCCAGAGCCCCUGCUCAAGGUGGGCGAGCAGCGCCAGGCAGGCCCUGGGCGUUUUGCUGUGGUCAUGCCUCGCGUGCAGAAGCUGAGCUCUUUCCAGCGAGUUGGGCCUGCAACCCUGAAGCCUCAAGUCCAGCCAACCCAAGACCCCGAGCCAAGACCCUGGAGUCUUCGCUGGUCCUGCCUCUGGCUGCGGGCAGAGGCCCACGGAACCUGGCCACGAGUACCCACCCACCGCCAGUCCUGCCACCUGGGCCCUGGAGCCACCUGCCUGUCCCUUAGCAGGUCCUGGGAGGAGGUCGGCCCCCCAAGCUGGCAGAACAAGAUGCACUCCAUCUGCAACCUGCCAUCCAUGCGGUUCCGCGAGCAGCACAGGGAGGAUGGUGUCGAGGACAUGACGCAGCUGGAAGACCCCCAGGAAACCACUGUGCUGUCCAACCUCAAGAUUAGAUUUGAACAGAACCUCAUCUACACAUACGUCGGGAGCAUCCUGGUAUCAGUGAACCCAUACCAAAUGUUCGGAAUCUAUGGGCAAGAGCAGGUGCAGCAGUACAACGGGCGGGCCCUGGGAGAGAAUCCCCCGCACCUUUUUGCGAUUGCAAAUCUCGCCUUCGCCAAAAUGCUCGAUGCCAAACAGAACCAGUGCAUAAUCAUCAGUGGAGAGAGCGGCUCUGGCAAAACCGAGGCCACCAAGCUGAUUCUGCGCUACCUGGCCGCCAUGAACCAGAAACGGGAUGUCAUGCAGCAGAUAAAGAUCCUGGAGGCAACACCCCUCUUGGAGUCCUUCGGUAAUGCCAAAACCGUCAGGAACGACAACUCCAGCCGCUUUGGGAAGUUCGUGGAGAUCUUUCUGGAAGGGAGCGUGAUCUCUGGUGCCAUAACCUCCCAGUACCUGCUUGAGAAAUCCAGGAUCGUGUUUCAGGCCAAAAACGAGAGGAAUUACCACAUCUUCUAUGAGUUGCUGGCUGGGUUGCCUGCCCAGCUCCGGCAGGCCUUCAGCCUGCAAGAGGCUGAGACCUACUACUAUCUGAACCAGGGUGGGAACUGUGAGAUCGCAGGAAAGAGUGAUGCAGAUGACUUUCGCCGGCUCCUGGCUGCCAUGGAGGUGUUGGGCUUCAGCAGUGAGGACCAGGACAGCAUCUUCCGCAUCCUGGCAUCCAUCCUGCACCUGGGCAACGUCUACUUUGAGAAGUAUGAGACGGAUGCACAGGAGGUGGCCUCAGUGGUGAGUGCCCGGGAAAUCCAGGCUGUGGCUGAGCUGCUACAGAUCUCCCCUGAGGGCCUGCAGAAGGCCAUCACCUUCAAAGUGACCGAGACAAUGCGAGAGAAGAUCUUCACACCCCUAACUGUGGAGAGUGCUGUGGAUGCCAGGGACGCCAUCGCCAAGGUCUUGUAUGCGCUGCUGUUCAGCUGGCUUAUUGCCAGGGUCAACGUGCUGGUGUCCCCGCGGCAGGAUACACUGUCCAUUGCCAUCCUGGACAUCUAUGGUUUUGAGGACCUGAGCUUCAACAGCUUUGAGCAGCUGUGUAUUAACUACGCAAAUGAGAACCUUCAGUACCUUUUCAACAAGAUCGUCUUCCAGGAGGAGCAGGAGGAGUACAUCCGUGAGCAGAUUGACUGGCAGGAGAUCACCUUUGCUGACAACCAGCCCUGCAUCAACCUCAUCUCACUGAAGCCUUAUGGCAUCCUGCGCAUCCUCGACGACCAGUGUUGCUUUCCUCAGGCUACAGACCACACCUUCCUACAGAAGUGCCACUACCAUCAUGGCUCCAACCCGCUCUAUUCCAAACCCAAGAUGCCGCUGCCUGAGUUCACUAUCAAGCACUACGCAGGCAAGGUCACCUACCAGGUGCACAAGUUCCUGGAUAAGAACCACGAUCAAGUGCGCCAGGACGUGCUAGACUUGUUCGUAAGGAGCCGGACACGGGUGGUGGCGCACCUCUUCUCCAGCCAUGCCCCACAGGCUGCCCCUCAGCGCCUGGGCAAGAGCAGCUCCGUCACUCGGCUCUACAAGGCACACACUGUGGCUGCCAAGUUCCAGCAGUCACUCCUGGAUCUGGUGGAAAAGAUGGAGAGGUGUAACCCCUUGUUUGUGCGUUGCCUGAAGCCCAACCACAAGAAGGAGCCUGGUCUCUUUGAGCCAGAUGUGGUAAUGGCACAGUUACGCUAUUCAGGGGUGCUGGAGACCGUGAGGAUCCGCAAGGAGGGAUUUCCAGUGCGCCUGCCUUUCCAGGGGUUCAUCGACAGGUACUGCUGUCUAGUGGCCCUCAAGCACAACCUGCCGGCUAAUGGGGACAUGUGCGUGUCGGUGCUGAGUCGCCUGUGCACAGUCAUGCCAAACAUGUAUCGUGUUGGGGUCAGCAAGCUGUUCCUUAAGGAACACCUACACCAGCUGCUGGAGAGUAUGCGAGAGCACGUCCUGAAUCUGGCAGCCCUUACUCUGCAGCGCUGCUUCCGUGGCUUCUUCAUCAAGCGGCGAUUCCGCUCUCUGCGCCACAAGAUCAUCCUGCUGCAAAGCCGGGCCCGUGGCUACCUUGCCAGGCAACGCUAUCAGCAAAUGAGGAGGAGUCUGGUGAAGUUCCGGUCCCUGGUACACGCAUACAUGAGCCGCCGACGCUACCUCAAGGAGCUGAGCAAGCGGGAGGUAGUGGCUGUGGGGCACCUCGAGGUACCGGCUGAGCUGGCUGGGCUCCUGCAAGCAGUGGCAGGCCUCAGGCUGGCCCGGGUGCCUCAGGUGGCACCUGUGCGGACUCCUCGGCUCCAGGCUGAGACCCGUGUCACACUGCCCCUGGAUAUCAACAACUAUCCCAUGGCCAAGUUUGUCCGGUGCCACUUCAAGGAGCCUGCCUUUGGGAUGCUGACAGUGCCCUUGAGGACACCCCUUACACAGCUGCCAGCCGAGCACCAUGCAGAAGCCGUGAGCAUCUUCAAGCUGAUCCUGCGCUUCAUGGGCGACCCCCACCUGCAUGGUGCCCAGGAGAACAUCUUCGGCAACUACAUUGUGCAGAAGGGGCUGGCGGUGCCUGAGCUGCGGGACGAGAUCCUGGCACAGCUGGCCAACCAGGUGUGGCACAAUCACAAUGCCCACAAUGCCGAGCGGGGCUGGCUGCUGCUGGCCGCCUGCCUCAGUGGCUUUGCACCUUCCCCGCGCUUCAGCAAGUACCUUCUCAAGUUUGUGUCUGAUUAUGGGCGAAAUGGAUUCCAGGCUGUGUGUCAGCACCGCCUCAUGCAGGCCAUGGGCCGGGCCCAACAACAGGGCUCGGGGGCUGCCCGAACCUUACCCCCAACCCAGCUCGAGUGGACAGCGACCUAUGAGAAGGCCAGCAUGGCGCUGGACGUGGGCUGCUUCAAUGGUGACCAGUUCUCCUGCCCGGUACACUCCUGGAGUACAGGGGAAGAGGUGGCUGGAGACAUUCUGAGGCACAGGGGGCUGGCAGAUGGUUGGCGUGGCUGGACUGUGGCCAUGAAGAAUGGUGUCCAGUGGGCAGAGCUGGCUGGCCAUGACUACGUGUUGGACCUGGUGUCGGACCUGGAGCUGCUCAAGGAUUUCCCUAGACAGAAGUCCUAUUUCAUUGUGGGCACAGAGGGGCCUGUACCCAGCAGGGGAGGCCCCAAAGUGGUGUUUGGGAACAGCUGGGACUCCGAUGAGGAGACGCCCACUAGACCCCAGCUCCAGGAGCACAUGCACAAAGUACCGGACUCUGAUGGGAACAGCAGCCGCAAUGAAGAUGAGUCAGACAGUCUUGGAGAGCCUGCUGGGCCCCACAAGGGGCUGGACUGCUACCUGGAUAGCCUCUUCGACCCCGUGCUGUCCUAUGGGGAUGCGGACCUGGAGAAGCCAACAGCCAUUGCCUACCGCAUGAAAGGGGGAGGCCAGCCAGGUGGAAGCAGCAGUAGCGGUACUGAAGACACCCCCAGGAGGCCCCCAGAGCCAAAGCCAAUCCCAGGCCUGGACGCCUCCACAUUGGCUCUGCAGCAAGCCUUCAUUCACAAACAGGCUGUCCUGCUGGCCCGGGAGAUGACCCUGCAGGCCAUGGCACUCCAGCAGCAGCCCCUGAGUGCUGCCCUGAGAUCCUUGCCCACAGAGAAACCCCUAGCACCAGAUGCACAGCCGAAGUCUGUAGGUACCGGUCCCCCGGCCAAACCCGUGCUCCUGCGUGCCACUCCAAAGCCCUUGGCCCCAGCCCCUCUGGCCAAGGCUCCAAGGCUCCCCACCAAGCCUGUGGCUGCCCCUGUUCUAGCUCAUGAUCAGGCUUCUCCAGAAACCACUUCACCCUCCCCAGAGCUGGUCCGGUACUCAACACUCAACUCUGAGCACUUCCCACAGCCCACACAGCAGAUCAAGAACAUUGUCAGGCAGUACCAGCAGCCAUUCCGGGGAGGCCGGCCUGAGGCUCUCAGGAAGGGUGGCGGGAAGGUGUUCAUGAAGCAGCCAGACCCCCAUGAGGAGGCCCUGAUGAUCCUAAAGGGGCAGAUGACUCACCUGACAGCUGCACCUGGCACCCAGGUGUCCAGAGAAGCUGUGGCCCUGGUAAAGCCGGUGACCAGUGCACCAAGGCCAUCCAUGACACCCACUUCAGCUCUGCCCUCACGGUCACUGGAGCCCCCUGAAGAACCCAUGCAGACGCGGCUGCACCGCCUCAUCAACCCCAGCUUCUAUGGCUAUCAGGACGCCCCCUGGAGGAUCUUCCUGCGAAAAGAGGUGUUUUACCCCAAGGACAGCUACAGCCAUCCUGUGCAGCUUGACCUCCUGUUCCGGCAGAUCCUGCACGAUACGCUGUCCGAAGCUUGCCUGCGCAUCUCUGAGGAUGAGAGACUCAAGAUGAAGGCUCUGUUUGCCCAGAACCAGCUGGACACACAGAGGCCUCUGGUAACGGAGAGCGUGAAGCGGGCUGUGGUCAGCGCUGCACGAGACACCUGGGAGGUCUACUUCUCCCGCCUCUUCCCUGCCACGGGCAGCGUAGGCACUGGAGUGCAGCUCCUAGCUGUGUCCCACAUGGGCAUCAAACUCCUGAGGAUGGUCAAGGGUGGCCAGGAGGCCAGCAGGCAGCUGCGGGUCCUGCGUGCAUACAGCUUUGCAGAUAUCCUGUUUGUGACAAUGCCCUCGCAGAAUAUGCUGGAGUUCAACUUGGCCAGUGAGAAGGUCAUCCUCUUCUCAGCCCGAGCUCACCAGGUCAAGACCCUGGUGGAUGACUUCAUCCUGGAGCUGAAGAAGGACUCUGACUAUGUGGUCGCUGUGAGGAGCUUCCUGCCUGAGGACCCGGCGCUGCUGGCUUUCCACAAGGGUGACAUCAUCCACCUGCAGCCUCUAGAACCUCCUCAAGUGGGCUACAGUGCCGGCUGUGUGGUCCGCAAGAAGGUGGUGUACCUGGAGGAGCUGCGGCGUACAGGUCCUGACUUUGGCUGGAGGUUCGGGACCAUCCAUGGACGUGUGGGCCGCUUCCCUUCAGAGCUGGUGCAGCCCGCUGCUGCCCCUGACUUCCUGCAGCUGCCAGCAGAGCCGGGCAGUGGCCGAGCAGCCGCUGUGGCCGCUGCUGUGGCCUCUGCAGCCGCUGCACAGGAGGUGGGCCGCAGGAGAAAGGGUCCCCCAGUCAGGGCCCGCUCUGCUGACCAUGGGGAGGAAGCCCUGGCUCUCCCACCCUACACAAUGCUCGAGUUUGCCCAGAAGUAUUUCCGAGAUCCUCAGAGGAGACCCCAGGAUGGCCUCAGGCUGAAAUCCAAGGAAGAUCGGGAGUCCAGAACCUUGGAGGACAUGCUUUGCUUCACCAAGACCCCUCUCCAGGAAUCCCUUAUCGAACUCAGUGACAGCAGCCUCAACAAGAUGGCCACCGACAUGUUCCUAGCUGUGAUGAGGUUCAUGGGGGAUGCCCCACUGAAGGGCCAGAGUGACCUGGACGUGCUUUGUAACCUCCUAAAGCUGUGUGGGGACCAUGAGGUCAUGCGGGAUGAGUGUUACUGCCAAGUUGUGAAGCAGAUCACCGACAAUACCAGCUCCAAGCAGGACAGCUGCCAGCGAGGCUGGAGGCUGCUGUACAUCGUGACUGCCUACCACAGCUGCUCCGAGGUCCUCCACCCACACCUCACUCGCUUCCUCCAAGACAUGAGCCGGACCCCCGGCCUGCCCUUUCAAGGGAUUGCCAAGGCCUGUGAGCAGAACCUGCAGAAAACCUUGCGCUUCGGGGGUCGUCUGGAGCUCCCCAGCAGCAUAGAGCUUCGGGCUAUGUUGGCAGGCCGCAGUUCCAAGAGGCAACUCUUUCUUCUUCCUGGAGGCCUUGAACGCCAUCUCAAAAUCAAAACGUGCACUGUGGCCCUGGACGUAAUAGAAGAGAUCUGUGCUGAGAUGGCUCUGACACGCCCCGAGGCCUUUAAUGAAUAUGUUAUCUUCGUUGUCACCAACCGUGGCCAGCAUGUGUGCCCACUCAGUCGCCGUGCUUACAUCCUGGACGUGGCCUCCGAGAUGGAGCAAGUGGAUGGCGGCUACAUGCUCUGGUUCCGGCGUGUGCUCUGGGAUCAGCCACUCAAGUUCGAGAAUGAGCUGUAUGUGACCAUGCACUACAACCAGGUCCUGCCUGACUACCUGAAGGGCCUCUUCAGCAGCAUGCCAGCCAGCCGGCCCAGCGAGCAGCUGUUGCAGCAGGUGUCCAAGCUGGCUUCACUGCAGCACCGCGCCAAGGACCACUUCUACCUGCCGAGUGUGCGAGAAGUCCAGGAUUACAUACCAGCUCAGCUCUACCGUACAACAGCAGGCUCAACCUGGCUCAACCUGGUCAGCCAGCACCGGCAGCAGACACAGGCACUCAGCCCCCACCAGGCUCGUGCCCAAUUUCUGGGUCUCCUCAGCGCCCUACCUAUGUUUGGCUCCUCCUUCUUCUUCAUCCAGAGCUGCAGCAACAUCGCUGUGCCAGCCCCUUGCAUCCUUGCCGUCAACCACAAUGGCCUCAACUUUCUCAGCACAGAGACUCAUGAACUGAUGGUGAAGUUCCCCCUGAAGGAGAUCCAGUCAACGCAGACCCAGCGGCCCACAGCCAACUCCAGCUACCCCUACGUGGAGAUUUCGCUGGGGGAUGUGGUGACCCAGCGAACCUUGCAGCUGCAGCUGGAGCAGGGACUGGAACUCUGUCGCGUGGUGGCCGUGCACGUGGAGAACCUGCUCAGUGCCCGUGAGAAGCGGCUCACACUGCCCCCCAGCGAGAUCACCCUGCUCUGACCCAGCCCCGAGCCCUCCAGUACCUUCUGCCAGAAGACUCACUGUGUGGCCUCAGGGUAGUCAGUGGACCUCUCAGGGUCAAUUACCCCUGUAAGGGGCCAGAACCUUGGAGGACACCAAAAGGAGGCAGGAGGAGCAACUCAAAUCCUCAAGAACUCAAGAAGACACAUCCUGAACUGGGAUAGAAUGGCAGCAUGCAGACUCGGGUCAGACAGCAGGAGGAACUUUCAAUGUCUAACCCACGGUGGAGUGGAGCAGAAGGCAGGACCCUGAGGCCUCCUGCCUUGUACCUAUUGCAGACCCUGCCCCUAACUCCUGCUAUGGCACAGAAGCCCCACACCAGUUGCCUAGAUGAACUGGACUCUGCCUUCAGUUUACUCAGGGUCUGACACUGGAAUCUGCUCCAACUCCACAUCCCAGCCCUACUUGUCCUCCUAAGGGGCCCCUCCUUGUACUGCCAGUUAGCCUGGAUUUCAGUUAGCCUGGUUAUUUCUGUGCAAACAAAAGGUGUGCCUGGCAGCCAUUUCUCCAUGGAGUUGCUGAGUGGCUGGAAAACAAGCCUGAGGGAGGAGGCAGAGUUGGAGGUAACUUAGGCCCCUGACUCAAUGCCUACAAACAGAUCCUCCCCCACUCCUUGGGUAUUCCCAACCCCAGACCCCCAUCACUUGAUGGACCACAAAAGUUUGAGAGUGGUAUAAGGGAGAAGUCUGGGAAAAGCCUUCUUGGAAAAUGGGACAUUAGCGUUGAGUUUCGAAAGAUGAGUAGGAGUUUGCUAAGAAUAGAUGGAAGAGAGCGGGAUAAAAAUUCCAGAGAAAAAUCAUGUUUGUUUCCUGCUGUAUCCCCCAGAAACCAGAGAACACCUAACACAGAGUAGGCACUUUAAAAAUAUUUGUCAUAUGAAUGAAAGAAUAAAAGAAUGAAUGUUG